AUGAAUAUUCUGAAGCUCUUCCUCGCGCUUGCUCCUGUGGUGAAGUCGCACCUCUAUAUGGCGCAGCCAGUCAGUCGGCAAUUUUGGCAAACCCUGGCCUUCCAAUCCUCUCCGACGGAAUACUGCCCGCAUUGCUACAACUUCAGGGGUAUUUCCGCCGUUCAGGAAAGGGGUGGCGGUGGACCUUGGCCCCACCUUAAGCUGUACGAAGAAGGAAAACUUAACACGAACGGCAACUACAUGGAGACCAGCGCUACGUCAGCGAGACACGUCUCUCCGUGUGGCGAUCCUGUCCAGACCGCUUCCUCCGAUAGCUCAAACGUCUACGGUCUGGCCAACUCGAACUACCCCGUUUUGACCGAGUUUCGGCAGGAGUCGGAGUUCCAGGUGAAGGUCGUCGUCUCAACGCAUCACUGGGGCCACAUCGAGCUGAAUCUGUGCGACGCUUCCGGUAUGGAGGACGCGGAAGUGACGCACGAGUGCCUGUCGAAAUACCCUCUCGACCGCGCCUCGGCAGAGAUGGAGCCACCGAUCGACCCGCUGCAUCCCGGCCGCUAUUUUCUCGAUCCUCCCUGCCGGUCGGCGGAGACGGACCAGUCGUUCGACACCGGCGGGGCCGAGGGCGGCGACAUCGUGACGAUGACUUUCAAACUUCCCCCGGUGCUCACGUGCGAUCGGUGUGUGUUGCAGAUGAUGUACUACGUUUCGAACGCCUGCGUGCACCCGGGCUACGCGAGCUUCGAGAGCGAUGACUGGCCUUCGGGAUGCGCUCCUACCAAACACGACUGGAUCAGCGAGGGCAUGGCCGUGUGUGGAACCGAGGGGACCAACUACGUGGAGGAGUUCGCGUCGUGUGCCGAUGUUACGAUUGUCGGAAAGGACGGCGCCACUGACACGGCGGUGGGCUCGGCGACGGCGACGGCGACCACCAGUGACACUGACACUACGACGACCGCCGAUGACGACGGUGCCACGUGCGACUGCUCGAAGACAUGCGUGGACGUCUGGAAACAGUGCGGCGGCGGCGACGACUUUAGCGGAAGUCGAACCUGUUGCGAGGGCGCGACGUGCGUGCAGCACAGUGGUUCGUACGCUCAGUGCUUGCCUUAG